AUGUAUAUGGUGUCACGCAAGGUAAAGUGCGAUGAAGCAAAACCGGCGUGCGCGCGCUGCACCAGCACCGGCCGCAAAUGCGAGGGCUACGCCGUCGUCGUCCCCAGCAAUCGGGCCAUCGCCCGCGCGCGCUCGCGCACCACUAGGCUGAGAGACGCGCUCGCGCAGGCCAGGGCAGGCUGGGAAUUCGAAUCGGACCAGGCCACUGUGGAGUACUUUGCUCGGGACGUCGCCCCCAACCUACCGCAGAACUUUGAAAACAAGUUCUGGUCCGACCUUGUGCCGCGCCUGAGUAAGUCGGAGCCCGCCGUGAGGCAUGCCAUGGCUGCCAUUGGUAGUCUUUUCCCGCAGCGAGGACCCCCGAGUAACUCGAUCCAAGGAGCGACGAUCACGACGACGACGUCGACGGCGACGACAACGACUGCGGAUGGAGGGAGAGGGAAUCCGCAGGCUGAUGAGCAUUAUGGCAAGGCGCUGCGGUUGAUGGCCAACAAGGUCGCGCCGGAGAGGGGGUUUGAGGAUGUUCAGACGAUGUUGGGAACGACUACCACCACUAGGACAACUUCGACGACGGCGACGAUACGAAACGACAAUAGCAGGUCCUUUGGAUCACCCAACAACCGUUCAUCCCCGAGCCUGUCUUCCGCCGGACCGUCAUCAGCCAUCCAGUCCCCGGCAGCUAUGACGCCAGGCAUCUCGAGCAUACCAGAGCUCGCAGAACCAGACCGGCAAGACACCCUCACGCCGACAAACCCCUUCACAUCACCCCAGAGCCAAGCCGGCGGCGACGACCCGGACGAUGACAUGACGCAGCCAAACGACGUGGACGUCGUCCUCUCCUGCUGCAUCCUCUUCAUCGCUACAGAAUUCCUCCGCAAGAGCUUCGACGCCGCCAUGCAGCACCUCGCCAGCGGCAUCAACAUCCUCAACAACGUAGACUACGACGAGCUGGAACAAGACACGCUUGACGAAAUCGUGCCGAAAUUCCACCGCCUCAGCAUCAUCCAGCUGUGCUACUACGACAAACCGGGCUUUCCCUCACUCAACCUCCAACACGGCGGCGGCACCGGCAGCAGCGGCGGCGUAGGAAGCCUCGGCGGGUUAGGAUCCAGGUACAACCUCGGCCCCUUUGACAAGAGCAGCAGCAUCUACCUCCCCAAACGCGCCGUCGACCCGAUCCUCCUCGACGCCAUCCGCUACAUCCGCUCCGCCGACCCCGGGUCGCAGACCGACUCUCGCCUCGCCUCCAAGGGCCCCGUCAUGUCCGAGGAGCAGAAGCACAUCUGCGCCUCGCUCGACCGGUGGCACGCCGCCUUUCUCGCCUUUGUCGAGUUCCCCCGCCAAGAUGCCGACGGCGACCGCCCGCUGCCGAAGCACCAGGGGCUCAUCUGCGCCGAGACGGAGAUGAAGUACCAGGCGGCCAAGAUCUGCAUCAGCGUCUGCCGGUCCCACGACGAAUCCGUCUACGAUUGCUUCAAGGAGAAUUUCGCCCGCAUCGUCGUGCUCGCGCGGUUGAUUCUCGACAGCUGUCCGGACGUGCCGCCCGAGACGCCGGAUGAUUUUCAAUUCGACUUUAAACCGAGUUUCCUCUCCCUCGUCGAGUUCGUCAUUGUAAAGUGCCGCUGGCUCGAUAUACGGUACCAGGCGUGGCUCAUUGCGUGGGAACUCGCUAUGGGAAGGCGGGAGCCCGUGACACUGGGCGGGGGACAUGAGCUGCACUACAUCGGCAAGCGGAUGAUUGAGCGGGAACACAACGUCAGCAUCGAGGAGGUGACGAGGCAGAACGCCAGUCUGUUUUCGUUGCCGGCCGAGGAGAUGCGCGUCAAGGACUACCUUAGCGAUGCCCGGUUUGCGGAUUUGGUCCAGACGGACGACAAAAAGGAUAAAUCACCGUCGGCAGCCGCGGUACAGGUCCCGUACACUCAACGUCUGCUGCUCCGCUGCGGCAGCUGUGAAUUGGAUCAGCUUGCCGGCUGGAUGGAGGGCUACGAGUUUUCGGGGAGGGAGCAGUAA